CCCACAGGCAGGGCUGACCUGUCCAGUAAUCAAGGCAAUGCAGCCGGCCACCCAGCUACAGUUCACGAACCACUUGUCACCCAAUGGGCAGUGCAUCCUCCAGCCCCCGCCCACCCCUAGUCUCCCGGACAAAAUGGAGAAAGCGCCUCCACAGCCCCAGCACGAGGGCCUCAAGUCCGAGGAGCAUCUUCCGCAACAGCCUGCUGAAGCCAAGACAGUGUCGCGCCACAUCCCACGCCUCCGGGCUGUGGUCGAGAGCCAGGCCUUCAAGAACAUCCUGGUAGAUGAGAUGGACAUGAUGCACGCCCGCGCAGCCACACUCAUCCAAGCCAACUGGAGGGGCUAUCGGCUCCGGCAGAAGCUGAUUUCCCAGAUGACGGCGGCCAAGGCCAUCCAGGAGGCAUGGCGGCGCUUCAACAAGAGACACAUCCUGCACUCCAGCAAGUUGUUGGUGAAGAAAGUGAGGGCGGAGGACGGGAACAUCCCUUAUCACGCCCCACAGCAGGUGCGCUUCCAGCGUCCGGAAGAGAACUGCCUUCUGUCCCCGCCCGUCAUGGUGAACAAGGAGACCCAGUUCCCUUCCUAUGACAAUCUGAUCCUCUGCAGACCCCAGUCAUCCCCCCUCCUGAAGCCUCCAGCAGCUCAGGGUACCCCAGAACCCUGUGUGCAGGCUCCUCAUGCUGCUGGAGUCCGGGGGGUGGCCUUCCUGCCACACCAGACGGUCACCAUCAGAUUUCCCUGCCCAGUGAGUCUGGAUGCAAAAUGCCAGUCAUGCUUGCUGACCAGAACCAUCAGAAGCACCUGCCUCGUCCACAUAGAAGGUGACUCAGUGAAAACCAAACGUGUAACUGCCCGGACCCACAAAGCCGGGAUUCCGGAGACGCCAUUGUCCAGAAGGUACGACAAGGCAGUCAUGGGACCAUCCAGAGCCCAAACCCAGGGCCCUGUGGAAGCAGAGACCCCCAAAGCCCCUUUCCAGAUAUGCCCAGGGCCUGUGAUCACCAAGACCUUACUCCAGACAUAUCCGGUGAUCUCCAUGACCCUGCCGCAGACAUAUUCAGCGUCCACGACGACCACCACCCCACACAAGACUAAUCCUGUUCCCAAAAUAACAAUAACCAAGACCCCAGCCCAGAUGUAUCCGGGGCCCACAGUGAUGACCAAAACUGCACCUCACACAUGCCCCAUGCCCACGAUGACCAAGAUCCAGGUGCACUCCACAGCUUCCAGAACUGGCACCCCACGGCAGACAUGCCACGCAACCAUCACGGCAAAGCACCAACCUCAGGUUUCCCUUCUGGCCUCCAUCAUGAAGAGCCCACCCCAGGUAUGCCCAGGGCCUGCGAUGGCAAAGACCCCACCCCAGACGCACCCGGUCGCCACCCCAGCCAAAAACCCACUGCAAACGUGUCUGGCAGCCACCACGUCCAACACUUCUUCCCAGAUGAGCCCAGUUGGGUUGACCAAGCGCCAGACUCGCCUGGCAGCCAUGAUAACCAAGACCCCAGCCCAGUUACGCUCAGUGGCCACCAUCCUCAAGACCCUGUGUCUGGCCUCUCCAACAGUGGCAAAUGUCAAGGCUCCACCCCAAGUGGCGGUACGAGGCUCCAUCCAUGACAACCCACCCAAGGCCAAGGCCACCAUGAAUAUGAAGCAGGCUGCAGAGGCGGUGAAAGCCUCAUCCCCCUCCUAUUUGGCUGAGGGGAAGAUCAGGUGCCUGGCCCAAUCACGUCUGGGAACUGGGGUCCCCAGGGCUCCAGCUAAGCUUCCUUUGGAAGCUGAGAAAAUCAAGACUGGCCCCCAGAAACCGGUGAAAACUGACAUGGCAUUGAAGACCAGUGUGGCAGUGGAAGUGGCUGGGGCUCCAUCCUGGACAAAAGUUGCUGAGAAAGGGGACAAGCCAUCUCACCUGUAUGUGCCUGUAGACAUGGCUGUCACCCUGCCCCGGGGACAGCCGGGUGCCCCACUGACCAACGCCUCAUCCCAGAGACAUCCACCUUGCCUGUCCCAGAGACCACUGGCCACCCCGCUGACCAAGGCCUCAUCUCAGGGACAUCUGCCCAUCGAGCUGACCAAGACCCCAUCCCUGGCCCAUCUGGUCACCUGUCUGAGCAAGAUGCAUUCCCAGGCACAUCUGGCCACAGGUGCCAUGAAGGUCCAAUCCCAAGUGCCUCUGGCCACCUGUCUGACCAAGACGCAGUCCCGGGGGCAGCCGAUCAUAACCAAGCGCCUCAUCCCAGCUCACCAGGCUGCUGAUCUCAGCAGCAACACCCAUUCCCAGGUGCUCCUAACAGGGUCCAAGGUGUCCAACCAGGCCUGCCAGCACCUCGGUGGCCUGAGUGCCCCACCCUGGGCCAAGCCAGAGGACAGAUGGACUCAGCCAAAGCCCCAUGGACAUGUGCCGGGGAAGACCACUCAGGGGGGACCAUGCCCGGCAGCCUGUGAGGUCCAGGGUACGCUGGUGCCGCUGAUGGCACCCACCGGACAUUCCACAUGCCAUGUUGAGUCCUGGGGAGACAGCGGAGCCACGCGUGCCCAGCCAUCAAUGCCCAGCCAGGCGGUGCCCUGCCAGGAGGACACGGUAGGCUCCCUGCUGGCCUCCCUGUGUGCUGAAGUAGCUGGUGUGCUGGCAUCCCAGGAGGAUCUCCGCACUCUGUUGGCCAAAGCCCUCUCCCAGGGAGAAGUCCGGGCAGCUCUGAACCAGGCCCUGUCCAAGGAGGUCCUGGGUGCCACUGUCGCCAGAGCCCUGCCCCAGAGCAUGCUGAGCAUUGCGCUGGUGAAGGCGCUGUCCUGGAGUGAGCUGCGCCUGACCCUGUCCCGAGCCCUGUCCCAGGGCGAGCUGCGGGCAGAACUCGCCAAGGUCAUGCAGGGUAAAUUGGCCGAGGUGCUUAGCAAGGCUUUGACGGAGGAGGAGCGGGCAGCUCUGAGCCAGGCCUUGUGUCAGGGCGAGUUGGGCGCUCUCCUGAGCCAGUCUUGGUGUCGGGUGGCCCUGAGGACUGGAACCACCCUCCCCAAGGCCACCUCGAAAUCAACAGGAAGCGGGGUGACUAAGACGCUGGCCCCGGCGGAGGUGGCCUGCAGGAGGAGUCCGUCGGCCGCGUGGGGACCCUCCCUGGGCCCUGUGAGACCACAGACCAGCAAGGGCCCCGUGGACGCUGGUGUGGCUAGUGGCCAAUCGUGGAAACGCGUGUGGGAGUCAGCCAGGGGCGCUGCGUCCUGGGAGACCCCGCGCAACAAGGCAGUGGUGCAUCCCAGGCGGUCCGGGGAGCCGAUGGUGUCCAUGCAGGCUGCAGAGGAGAUCCGCAUCCUCGCAGUGAUCACUAUCCAGGCGGGCGUCCGUGGCUACCUGGUGCGUCGCAGGAUUCGAGUGUGGCACCGGCGGGCCACGGUCAUCCAAGCUACUUGGCGCGGCUACCGCAUGCGGCGGAACCUGGCACACCUCUGCAGAGCCACCACAAUCAUCCAGGCCGCCUGGCGCGGCUACAGCACCCGCCGGGACCAAGCCCGGCACCGGCAGAUGCUCCACCCCGUCACGUGGGUGGAGCUGGGCGGCGGGGCCGGGGUCAUGUCUGACCGAAGCUGGGUCCAGGAUGGCAGAGCCAGGACAGUAUCCGACCAUCGCUGCUUCCAGUCCUGCCGGGCAAAAGCUUGCGGCGUCUGCCACUCCCUGAGCUCCAGGAUCGGGAGCCCGCCCAGCGUGGUGAUGCUAGUGGGCUCCAGCCCUCGCACCUGUCAUACCUGCGGACGCACCCAGCCCACCCGCGUGGUGCAGGGCAUGGGCCAGGGUGCUGGGGGCCCCGGGGCAGUGUCUCGGGCCUCCGCCUACCAGCGGGCUGUCCCGAGUCCCAGGCAGCCACGUCGCAGGGACAAAGCGGCCACAGCCAUUCAGUCGGCCUGGAGAGGUUUUAAGAUCCGCCAGCAGAUGAGGCAACAGCAAAUGGCAGCGAAGAUGGUUCAAGCCACCUGGCGAGGCCACCAUACCCGGAGCUGUCUGAAGAGCACAGAGGCGCUCUUGGGACCAGCGGACCCCUGGUCCAGCUCACAGCACAUGCAUUGGGCCAGUUCACAGCACACGCAUUGGCCCGGCAUCUAGGGCCCUGGCUCCCUGCAGUGGGGACUUUGUGGGAGGCACUCGUGGCUCUCUGGGUCUGAUGAAUAAAGUCCUCCACAGCCUA